GCUUUCACAUCCUGCACCACUCUCUUUGACUGAACAGCAAUGUCGAUUGCCUCUGCCAAAGUGCAUGCGCACCCACUGUGAGCGCCCAUCGAAGCUGCAAAGGCCCCCAGACUAACAUAUCUCAAGCGUUCCCAAUGCCGUCCCUUACCCACUGCGCAUCAAAGGAUCUGUCCUCAAACGUGUCUGGCCACAAGUCUUCAUCAUCACUUGUGUGUCUGUGGUCAUUACCUGCUUUGGACGUCUUGCAACGCAUCAGAUUGAUUUUGGCAUCCAGCCUACCAUGAUCACGACGCUUGGUUUCGUUGUUGGUCUGGCGCUUUCCUUUAGGACAACAACAGCGUACGGAAAUUGGAAAGAAGCACGUACAGCUUGGGACAAACUCAAUGCACUGUCGCGCAAUUUGGCACGUAUCUUUUGGGUGCAUUGCAAGACGGAUGGAUCUACAGCAGAUGUGCUUCGUCGCAAGACAGCCGUCAAUCUCGUUGGAUACUUUGCCGUUGCGCUCAAACAUCACUUGCGUGAAGAACGGGGACACAUGGCGUCUGAUUUGGCCGAAUUGAUCCCCCAUCUGCCAACCUUUUCAAAAGUACGCGAAGAAGGUGGUCAUAGUGAAAGCUCGACAAGCACGACUGCAGGGCAUCCUUGCUACGUGCCGCACCCGAAAGACGCAACUGCAAACUAUACCUGUCUUCAUGGAACUUUGCCUACAGAGAUCACUUGGCAUCUCGGUGCCUUCCUCGAACAUCUCGUCAGUGACCGUGGUAUGGUACCCGUUGCCUAUGGUCAAGCCAUUGGCAUUGUGAAUGGCUUCAGUGAAGUGACGAGUACGUGUGAGCGUAUCCUACGAAACCCAGUGCCACCAGCCUACAACAUUGUUAUUUCGCAACUCGUUUGGGUCUUCCUCAUCUUCCUACCCUUUCAACUCCUGAAAAGUCUUGGUUGGGUGUCGAUCCCAGUGACGUUCAUUUCAUCUGCAAUGAUUAUGGGACUCGCUGAGAUUGGGCUAGAGGUGGAGAACCCUUUUGGCGAUGAUGAGAAUGAUCUCGACACGGAUCGAAUGGCUCAAGCCAUCAUUUUUGAGUUACAAACACUCACGACUUUGCAAACUUGGAAGGACGAUUUGUCGAAUUGGAGCGAAUCUUCAGACAAUCGUCCUCUGUAUCCCUUUUCAACGGCUUCCUUCCCUGAACUCGCAGAAUACCCGAAAGAAGCCGUGUAUGACUUGUUGAAGCGUAAAGCAACGAGUGUUCAGACAUCUGAUCCUUUGGGCAGGAUGGGUGAGUCGAGGGCUGGUACAUGGUUCACACGAAGUAGGAGCCACAGUGCUGCAACGACUCUUGGCAAGCGCGUGGCAGUGGAGACACAGGAAGUUUAGGCGAGCGACACACUGAGCAGGUAUCAGUGAAGAAGAUAGACAUUGACUUUUUCAUAAGCUA